GUUUCUUCAUUCAGAGAUUUGGGUUUUCCCCGGGUUUCCGGAGUAGCAUGUUUGGGAAGAAAAAGUUUUUGCAGUGGUGAAUUUUAAUCGUAUCGUGCUAGCUGCGAAUGGAUGCGACACUUGAGAAUACUCUAAAGGAAGGGAUGCUCCGGCGGCAGAUCAAUGCCUUGAUUGUAGCUCAUCUUCGCGGUGAAAAUCUCAACCAGGCUGCUGCUAUAGUUGCAUCGGCUACCAUGACUUCAUUGACCACCGAAGUGUCUCCUAAUAGGCUUCUUGAGCUUGUUUCCAAGGGCCUUGUAGCAGAGAGAGAUGAGGGAUUAAAGGGGCUUUCUUCAACUUCAUUUCUCAAUGUUACUGGAGGUUUGCCGUCAAUGCCAAAUAUGGUCAAUGCUAUUGAUUUCAGGGAAAUCAGUGCCAUGCAGGAUGUGAAAGGCUCAUCUAAGAAUUUCCCAAAGCAUGAAUCCAGACAUGUUUCUGAGCAUAAGAAUAUUGCAAGGUGUGCAAGAUUUAGUCCUGAUGGUCAGUUUGUUGCUACUGGUAGCUCGGACUAUUCAAUAAAGCUGCUUGAGGUUUCAAAAAUUAAGCAAAUGAUGGUUUCCGAGGCUCGGGAAGGACCAAUUCGACCUGUUAUUCGGACAUUCUAUGACCAUGCAGAGCCAAUCAAUGAUCUAGAUUUUCAUCCACAAGGCACAAUAUUGGUAUCUGGAGCAAAAGACAAUACCAUAAAGUUUUUUGAUUUUUCAAAAACGGUUGCAAGGAAAGCAUUUAGAGUUAUUCAGGAUACUCAUAAUGUGAGAUCUGUAUCUUUUCAUCCUUCUGGGGAAUUUCUUUUGGCAGGUACGGAUCAUCAUCUUCCUCAUUUAUAUGAUGUCAAUACUUUUCAAUGCUAUUUAUCUUCCAAUGUUCAAGAUUUGAAUAUGAUUUCACCCAUCAAUCAGGUUAGAUACUCUAUAUCUGGCAGCUUGUAUGUGACGGCCUCAAAAGAUGGCUCUGUUCUUUUGUGGGAUGGGGUAACUGCACAAUGUAUACGAAAAAUUGUUGGGGCACAUGGAUUGACAGAGACUACGUGUGCAAGUUUUACUAAAGACCAAAGAUUUGUACUUUCUUGUGGGAAGGAUUCUACUAUAAAACUAUGGGAAGUAGGAACUGGAAGGCUUGUAAAUCAGUAUUUGGGAGCAGUUCACACUCAAUUACGCUGUCAGGCUGUGUUCAAUGAAACUGAGGAAUUUGUUCUAUCUAUUGAUGAGCCAAAUAAUGAGGUGGUGAUAUGGGAUGCAUUAACUGCUGAGAAGGUAGCGAGGUGGCAUUCUAAUCAUGUUGGUGUGCCUAGAUGGUUAGUACACUCUCCAACUGAACCAGCUUUUAUUACUUGUGGAACUGAUAGGUCUGUCAGAUAUUGGAAGGAGGUCUUGUGAGAGCUGCAUUAUGAAUAGAAUUGGCAGAAGAAGGGGUUUUUAUGAUGUAAAUUAUAUAUUAGAACCUAAAAUCAUUUUUUUUUUUUUAGAAAAUAAGCUGUUUGCUUUGGCAUUCUUAUGAAUUUUGAUAAUGAGUUAGCUUUGUUUGGCUUGAAA